AUGGCGGACGCGGAGCCGGAGGCUGAGGACGGCAGCGAGGAUGGCGGCGGCGGCCAGGCUCCCCCCGGACAGGGCGGCAGCGCCGCGCGCGUGGCCCCACUGGGCCCCGAGCAGCUGCGACGGGUCCUGGAGCAGGUGACGAAGGCGCAGCCGCCCCCGCCUCCGCCCUUCGUGCUGCAGGACGCGGCGCGACGGCUGCGGGACGCGGCGCAGCAGGCCGCCUUGCAGCGGGGCCCCGGCGCCGAGCCCCCGCGCCCGCCGCGCCUGCUGCCGCCCCAGCAACUGGAAGCCAUUUGUGUCAAGGUGAUGUCUGGAGAAAUGAAAGAUCCGGAAAGGCCGACGCCCCUACUGGCCACCCUCCCGCCUGGGACAGCCAGGCUGUGCCAGCCGCGUUGCGGUGUGCUGGGGCUCCAGGCACAGCGCCCCCUGAGCACUGGUCCACAGCCACGCUUCCUGAGUAACUUGCCUCCCAUCCGGGUGUUCGUACAGAGGCCACUGCCCACCCUCCAGCUGGUGGCUCCGAAAGGACAGGGCGCCACGCUGGCCCCUCUGUCAACUUCUGACCCGCCGGCGGCGACAUCUGUUUCACCCAGUUCAGCGAACUUCUUUAUUUCCAGCUUGCACACGGAACACACCGAGAAGCUAAAAAAAUCUUUAAAAGUGAAAACGCGUUCCGGUCGGAUAUCCCGACCUCCCAAGUAUAAAGCCAAAGAUUAUAAGUUCAUAAAAACGGAGGAUCUGGCUGACGGUCACUUGUCAGAUUCUGACGAUUACUCAGAGCUGAGCGUGGAAGAAGACGAGGACCAGAGGGAAAAGCAGGUGCUCUUUGACUUGUCGAGCUGUUCCCUGAGGCCUAAGACUUUUAAGUGUCAGAUGUGUGAGAAAUGCUACAUAGGGAAAGGGGGCCUGGCCCGGCAUCUAAAACUCAAUCCAGGCCACGGCCACCUGGAACCGGAGGUGUCGCUGUCAGAGAGAGCCAGCAGGAGCACGACCCGGGGCCGCGCCGACGGAGCAGCUGGCCCCGCGUCCCCGGGGCUGCCCGUGCCAGCCCUCCUAAGCGAGGAAGGGGCCCAGUCACCGCCGGGUGGCCUGCAGAGUAGCCAGUCUGUGGAAGGGGAAGAGGCCUUGGUGUCUGAACUGGAAGAUGGAAGUUAUUCGGCCCUCGUGGGAUCAGAGGGACACCCAGGCCCCGGAAGAAACGACUUCGCCGUGGCCCCUGCUGAGGCCGGCGCAGCAGGGGCACGGGGCGCCUCGGGGGCCAGCGCCCGGCUCGAGGAGUUUCUCCACCAGUGUGACCGAGAGGCUCUAGUGGACUUGGUGCUGCCUCAGCUGGCUCAGGUGGUGACCGUGUACGAGUUUCUUCUGAUGAAGGUUCAGACAGGUCAUCUAGCAAAACCUUUGUUCCCAGCUGUGUAUAAGGAAUUUGAAGAGUUGCAUAAAAGAGUUAAGAAAAUGUGUCAAGAUUACCUCAGUGGUUCUGGUCUGUGUUCCCAGGAGCCUCUGGAAAUAAGCAAUGACAAGGUGGCCGAGUCUCUAGGAAUCACGGAAUUCCUGAGGAAACAGGAAGCGCGCCCGGAGCGCGUCCCUGGCCGGAGCGGCGGCGGCGGCGGCGGCGGGGCCGAGCUGGGGGACACCCCGCUGGGGGAGGCCGAGGCCGGCCGGCAGAAGCGGGCCAACGAGACGGCGGAGGCGGCACCGGCCUGGGUGAAGAGGACCAGAAGAGACGCUGGGCCCCGGGACGGUGGCGGCCGAGGAGCCCCGGCCGCCAGCGAGGGUCUUGCCCCUCCAGUGAGUGGGGACGCCUCUCGCCAUCCAGAAGAGAGCCACACGGCGCCGGUUUCUGGCCCUACGGCCCAGCGGCUGCAAGCAGUCGCUGGCCCAGAGGUCAAGAGCAGCUCUGGGGCUCCUGUGGUCGCGUGGGAGGAGGCCGGCGGGCCGAGUCCAAAUCCUCAGUUAGGAGAGCCCAGGAUGCAGACACAGGGACCGGCGCCGGCCCGCCCUGGAGAGGAGGCCCAGGAACACUCUGAAGACCGGAAUGGACCUGGGGGCGGCCUCGGCAGCGGGGGUCUCUGCGGCGCCCUGACGUGUCCUGGAGGGGCGGCGUCCCUGCUGCCUUCCAGGCCUGGAGGCUUCGAGAGGCACGGCUCCCUCUGGAAGGGCCCGCCGUCCGGCCCUGGCGGCGUCCUGCUUCCGGAAGCUGCUGGCCCUCCCUUGGACAGGGUUUUGUCUAUGGCCGUGGGGCCAGCUGCCUGCGUCCCCGGGACCGGGCCCGAGCCGGGGCCUCAGCAGGGCCAGGCUGGGUCGCUGCCCACCGACAGGGGUCAGGGAAGCCUUGCAGGAGGGGACGUGGACCUCUUCCCCCUGGGGCCCGAGGCGCGUGCCGACCAGGGAGACCUGGAGAGCAUUGUUGGUGUGGGCGAAGCCAUGGUGUUUGAAAUUACCAAUGGGUGCCAUGAAUCUUUGUCUCAGGGACAGGAGCAGAUAUUUAUUCACACUUCCAGUGGCUUGAUCUCGCCCCAUCCGGGUUCCGUGGUGUCCGCGGAGGGAGAUGCUGUCGUGGUGGCUGGUGCGGAGGGGCCUGCCCUGCAGACGGGUCCGCCGGAAGGGCUUCCUAUGGAAGCCAUGGAAGCAGAGCCCUCCCAGUGAAGCAGAGCCGGACCCCAGUCCUGGGCGUGUGUGCGUUUUAUCCAAAGAAGGUCUAUGCGAAGUGAUGUGUAUUUUUCUACUGUGAAUACUGACACAGAUGAACUCUUAUUUAUAAAGAAUAAUGUCUUUCUA